AUGAAGCACUGGCCGCAGAAAGCUGCUGUAUCCUCCAAUGCGAAGAGACCACCGGCAGAGAUACCUGAUACCGCUCCUGCGACGAGCAAACGUCCUCGGAAGGCCCCCCUUCAACUUCCACAGGAGAUCCUCGAGGAGAUCAUUGACGAGGGAGAGUUCAAGGCAUGGAGUCUGGUAUGCAAAUCGAUGCUGCCCCGUGCUCGCGCCAACAUGUUCCACAAUCUGUACAUUUGCAAUGUGACCCAGGUCGACGCCCUCAUUUCCCUUCCUAACAGCGAAAUGGCCAUCUUCGCCUACGUGCGCGUACUCAAGCUAUGCCAUUCCCCCGUUCUCGGCUUGCGUGAAGCCUCGUCCGCAUGGGCGAUGUCGUGCCUCCCCGUUCUGCUCCAGCGCAUGCCCAUGUUGCGAUGCCUGCAUUUGAUCGGAUUUCAGGCGCACGACUCUACCACAGCGGGCGCUAUACACGCCAUUCGCGUACACCCGCACCUCACCUCCAUCACAUUCCGCAGCUGCGAAUCUCUCCCGGCAUUCUUCUUCUCUAUCCUCUCCGCGUUUUCUCGUAUCUCUUUUCUCACGUUGGAUAACGCUGGGUUCAUACCUUGGGAGGUCAAUCACUACAGACCCCCACCCCGGAUGUUGCGCAUCGAUGCACUCUGCCUCAACUUCGCUAACAUGCGACCAGAGCUUGCGUGGCUGAAGAGGACGCUCGAACCUGGUAGCUUGCAGGAGCUCCGAUUCAUUUCGCAGUAUGACUACUGGACGGGCCGUGUGGACUGUGCAGCGCUGACUCCGUUUUGCGCGAGUCAUCGAUUGAGUCUGCGGAUCCUUGAAAUCAAAACAUUGCUGUCGACAGAUUAUCGAGGUCCGCUACGAGAUGCUCUCUUCCUAGAAUAA